AUGGGUCAUUUAAUCACAAUUGCCACCUGUAAUUUAAAUCAAUGGGCUUUAGAUUUUGAAGGUAACAGGGACAGAAUCUUGAAGAGUAUCAAAAUUGCAAAAGAAAGAGGUGCUACCUUAAGAGUAGGGCCUGAACUUGAAAUCACCGGUUAUGGAUGUCUUGAUCAUUUCUUAGAAACAGAUUUAUACCUCCAUUCAUGGGAAAUGUAUGCUUCUAUUUUACAAAAUAAGGAAACUUAUGGGAUCUUAUUAGAUAUUGGCCUUCCUAUUAUUCAUAAAAAUGUCAAAUACAAUUGUCGUGUAUUAUCAUAUGAUGGUAAAAUAUUGCUCAUCAGACCAAAGAUAUGGCUAGCAAAUGAUGGUAAUUAUAGAGAAAUGAGAUUUUUCACACCAUGGCAACGCCCAAGAUAUGUUGAAAACUUUGUCUUACCAAGAUUAAUUCAAACCAUUACAGGUCAAGAAUCUGUUGAUUUUGGAGAUGCUGUUAUUUCAACUUUAGAUACUGUCAUUGGUGCUGAAACUUGUGAAGAAUUAUUCACUCCAAAUGCUCCACAUAUCGGUAUGACAUUGGAUGGUGUUGAAAUCAUUACAAAUUCAUCAGGUUCUCACCAUGAAUUACGUAAAUUACAUACAAGAAUGAAUUUAAUUAGAGAAGCAACUGCUAAAGCCGGUGGUAUUUAUUUAUAUGCAAACCAAAAAGGUUGUGAUGGUGAUAGAUUAUAUUACGAUGGCUGUGCUUCAAUUGUUGUCAAUGGUGAAUUAGUUGCACAAGGUAAACAAUUUUCUUUAGAAGAUGUUGAAGUUGUCUCAGCUACUGUUGACUUAGAAGACGUUCGUAGCUACAGAUCACAAAUAUCAAGGGGAUUACAAGCUACUCAUACAGAAGCUUAUAAAAGAGUCAAGGUCCCAGUUGAAUUAUCACCAACCUCGUUAAGUUUUAAUCCUAAAAUUGUUCCAUCAAAACCAAAAGAAAUAUUUUAUCAUUCACCAGAAGAAGAAAUUGCAUUAGGUCCAGCUUGCUGGUUAUGGGAUUACGUUAGAAGAUGUAACGGUGCUGGGUUUUUCUUACCAUUGAGUGGUGGUAUCGAUUCAUGUGCUACCGCUGUUAUUGUUCAUUCAAUGUGUAGAUUAGUUGCACAAGCAGCCAAAGAUGGAAAUCAACAAGUCAUUGCAGAUGCUAAAAGAGUUGCAAACGUUAAAGAUGAAGAAGCUGAAACUUGGUCACCGACAGAUCCUGUUGAUUUUGCCUCAAGAAUUUUCCACACAAGUUACAUGGGUACUAAAAAUUCUUCAAUUGAAACAAGAACAAGAGCUAAAGAAUUAAGUGAUAAGAUUGGCUCAUAUCAUGUUGAUUUGAACAUGGAUACAUUAGUUACUGCUGUUGUUAGUGUUUUUGAAGUUGCAACUGGUAAAAAACCAGUUUUCAAAGUCUUUGGUGGUUCACAAACUGAAAAUUUGGCUUUACAAAACAUUCAAGCUAGAUUACGUAUGGUUUUAGCAUAUUUAUUUGCACAAUUAUUACCUUGGGUUAGAGGUCGUCAAACUGGUGGGUUAUUAGUUUUGGGUAGUGCCAAUGUUGAUGAAUGUUUAAGAGGUUAUUUAACCAAAUACGAUUGUUCAAGUGCUGAUAUAAAUCCAAUCGGUGGUAUUUCUAAAACAGAUUUGAAAAAAUUUAUUGAUUAUGCUAGAGCUGAAUUUGAAAUUCCAGUUUUGAAAGAAUUUUUGGAAGCUACACCAACUGCAGAAUUAGAACCAAUAACAAAAGAAUACGUUCAAUCUGAUGAAGCUGAUAUGGGAAUGACUUACGAAGAAUUAUCAGUUUUUGGUAGAUUAAGAAAAGUUCAAAAAUGUGGUCCAUAUUCAAUGUUCCUCAAGCUUUAUCAUGAAUGGACACCAAGAUUAACACCAAGACAAGUUGCUGAAAAAGUGAAGAAAUUCUUCUUCUUUUAUGCGAUCAAUAGACAUAAACAAACUGUUUUAACACCAAGUUAUCAUGCUGAACAAUAUUCACCAGAUGAUAAUAGAUUUGAUUUACGUCCAUUCUUAAUCAAUCCAAGAUUUAAUUGGGCUUCAAAGAAGAUUGAUGAGAUUGUUGAACAAUCAGAAAAGGGAACUACUGAAGAAUUAGAAGAAUUAACAGUUGAAUAG